UUUUAUCAACAAUUAUAUUGCAUUGUUAUCAUCAAUUAGCUUUCUCUUUUCUUCGUAGCUGACCGACAUCACCGAUUUUUUUAUGCAUUGUAAUCAGUAUACUUAAAAAUGUUAAUCAGCUUUACCGGGGGCAUUCUUUUGAUUUACUAUACACAUAUUGUUUCAUCACAACAGCAUGAGCAACAGCGAAAUGAACUCGAAGAAUCAACAGCAGCAACACCACAACAAAGUGGCUCUUUUUGUUUAGAUAGCAAUUUCAGAUCCUUCAUAACAAAGACAAAUACAUCAUCACAUAUAUGGACACCUUGUCCUUGGAAAAGUGAUGAUAUGAACUUUGCUAAUCAGUUGCGUACAGCCUUUCUUACUACUCACAAAAGUACUAUUAGCUCAAAUGAUGCCGGCAGCAACAACAAAAUCUUCUCUCCGGUAGAAGAUAACCUACUUUCGGUACCAAUGAAUAUUACAUUCCAUUGUUACCUUGCAGCCGAAGACAUUUGCAGAAAAGCUGAAAAAGCAUUCCAGAAGGCGGGUGAAAUAAUCUCUAGUGUCGUUCUAUUUCAAGAGCCGGUCAAUGUGAAUGCAACCUUGGUAUCUUUCUGUGAGAUGGGUGGUGAAUGUGGUGAGGGAAAGUUAAUGACAUUGGGAGGUUCUUCACCAGCUAGAGCAAUGCCUUUAUUGAACACAGAUGGUCUCUUACGGCUUCAUCCUCAAGCUUUGGUGAAGCAAUUUGGUAUUGAUGAGCACCCAGCAUUUGCACCUUAUGAUAUUCAAAGCGUUUUCAAUGCAGAUGCUCCAUUUUGGUUCGAGGAAGAUGGCCUGCCUAUUGCAGCAAAUCAAGCAGACUUCUUAUUUGUUAUCUUACAUGAGUUUAUGCACGGAUUAGGCUUCUACUCUGGUUGGAACGAGUACAUUUCUGUACAGGCCUUGACACCUGAUCCAUCCCCUUUCUUAGCAAAUCAGUUCAUGACCAUGCUAAACCCAACAACUAGCGCUAUUCAUCCAAGCCAAUUCUUAGAAAGCGCAAUGGAUCGGUUAAUGAUCGUAUCUGGAAAUAAAACUGUUACAGCGUCUUCAUCGGAACAACGACAACAACACAAACACAUAUCUGACCUCACUCGUAAUUUAAACAAAAUUCAGGCGCGCACAGUGAAGGAAUUGGUAAACUCUCGUGAAUUUAAGGAAGCAGCGAAACAAAUGGGUUUGUACGCUACAACGGCUGGCUCAUUACAAUUAGAUUUACCUACUUCCAAAGAAAAGAAACCACUUACCUUAGAGACAGGCUUGAAACCCUUCCAGCCAGGAUCAUCGAUAUCGCACGUAGAUUAUUCGCAAUAUACAAACUCACCUGAUUUUUUGAUGCGAUUUAUGCAAGACCGAGGAUUGACGUUAACUGAAGCCCUUAAAAGAGGAGGUGGAGACCAUCCGAUCGGACCUCUCCUGCUCAAUGUCCUCGAAGAGCUGGGUUAUUCGACCAUCAAAAAUCCCGAUGUAGUUCCACCGUUAAUGGCAUUUCAUGAACAAGGAAUGACAAGUCUUAUUAUUGAUAAUUUUGAUGAAAUUGAUAAACAAGGAAGAGAUGGAUUGAGGAGAAAGCACCGUCAUCAUGACACCUCUACAAAUAUAACUGAUAAAAGUGGAAGGCUUCUUUCUUCGUCUAUCCCUCAAGCGGUACCCACUGUUUUUGUGCUUGCCAUGUAUCACUCAUUGUGUUUACUACUACUUUCAUCUUUUGUUGUAUUUUAAUUAAUAA